AUGUCGGUGCUCGUGCCCAUCUUGAAGCAGGGCCUUUGGCAACGACCACAUGUGCCCGAGGAGGUGCCAGAGGAACUGCAGGGCCAUCUCAGCCAAGAAGACUACCAGCAGGUGAAAGGCGAGUUGGAUCAGCUGGUGCAGCGAGCAGCCAAAGCAAGGAGGUUUGCACUGAUCCGAGGCCUUGUCCUUUUUCUGGUCUUUCUGGCAGCUGCUAUUCCCUUCAUGGUCUUCGGUGCUCUUGGAACCGUACUGGAUAGUGUCAUGAAUUUUCGGUUGUUUGUGAUCUCUGCGGCUUUCGGCUUCUGUUCCAUCCCUUGCGCUUUCAGCGCCUACCACGCUGCAACUGUGCCACUGAGCCGGUGCAAGGGACCCACUAAUAUGCCUAAUUCAACCUUCAACCAGUUGCAUCGCCAGUACCCUGGCAUCCACUGGCAAUACCUUGAAGGGACUGAAAGUGAUGAGAGCAACGUGGUCGUUGCGGCCUUUCAGGCAACUCUGGUGGCAGCGGAUUCGGAGGCUGGAACCAAUUAA